AGGUCUUUCGUCAGAAUAUCAUUCGUUCUGCUAAGUCGAUUCCGUAACCGUUAUUUCUAAUAUUACUUUUAUCGUAUUUGAGCUUGCGAAAUGCGAAUAAUUUAUUCAGCCUAGGUAUUGUUGCAAUUGUAGAAAUAGUUUUAUAGAAUAGUUUUAUGGUAUUGGUGAAUAUUUAAAAGCAAGGAAAAAAAAAAGAAAAGGAACAAAAACAAAAAUAGAAAACAAGAUAAAAUAAAACAAAAGGAAUCAUUGUGGUGGCAUUUCAUAUCGAAGCAUUCCUUACUGUUUUCACAACGUAGAGAACGUUGUUGUUAUGUGAUGACAGAAGAAAAAUAAGUUUAUAUCUGCUGUUUGUCGUUGUGUUGUUGUUGUUGUGUUGCAAAGAAGUUGUUCGUGGUACUACAGUUAUUUACAUUAAAAAAUUUAGAAUUUAAUAAUGAGUCCACAGAGCUUUAAGAAAAAUUUGAACAAUAAAAUCAUGGCAUCAAAUGGUUAUUCUGGGGCAGAAGUGGCGGAAAACGACUCAAAGAAUAAUUCACCACCGUGUGAGUCCGUAAACUCGAUGCCGUGGUUUGGUAUGGAUAUAGGUGGUACAUUGUGCAAAUUAGUAUAUUUUGAACCUAAAGAUAUAACGAGAGAUGAAGCUGACGCAGAACUCGAAACUCUUAAAAAUAUUCGGCGUUAUCUCACAAAAAAUUCAGCCUAUGGAAAAACAGGUCAUAGAGAUACGCAUUUACAGAUGGAUAAUGUUUAUGUUAGAGGCAGGCGUGGUACUUUACACUUUAUUAGAUUUCCUACCAGCGAAAUGGGAAAUUUUCUAGCAUUAGCAAAAUCUAAAGGUAUGGCGAAUCUUGUAACCACUGUUUGUGCAACUGGAGGCGGAGCCUACAAAUUUGAAGAAAAUUUCAAAAAAGGUCAAUCCAAUUUACAGGAAGUAAAUAUGAGUUUGGCAAAAUUUGAUGAAUUGGACAGCUUAAUACGAGGCAUACUUUAUGUAGAAAUAACUAAUCCACAUGAAUGCUAUUAUUGGUCUUAUCCAACAGAUGAUAGCAGAUGUCAAAAAAUACCAUAUGAUUUUUCUGAACCUUAUCCAUUCUUGCUAGUAAAUAUAGGUUCAGGUGUCAGUAUAUUAGCAGUUUAUGGACCAGAAAAUUAUAAGAGGAUAUCUGGAACAAGUUUAGGCGGUGGAACAUUCUUAGGGUUAUGUUGUUUACUCACUGGUUGUAACACUUUCGAAGAAGCAAUUGAAUUAGCAACAAGUGGUGACAACACUAAAGUAGAUAAAUUAGUAAAAGAUAUCUAUGGGGGUGAUUACGAGCCAUUUGGUCUUCCUGGAGAUCUUGUUGCCAGCAGUUUUGGGCAAAUGAAUUUUAAAGAACGUCGUAAUGCUGUUACGAAGGAAGACCUUGCACGUGCGACCCUUGUCACUAUCACCAAUAAUAUUGGUUCCAUAGCACGUAUGUGUGCUGUUAAUGAAAAGAUAGAAAGGGUGGUAUUUGUUGGUAACUUCCUCAGGGUCAAUCCUAUUUCUAUGAAAUUAUUGGCCUAUGCUAUGGAUUAUUGGUCUAAAGGAACAAUGAAAGCUCUGUUUUUAGAGCAUGAGGGUUAUUUUGGAGCAGUGGGAUGUUUAUUGCAAUUUAAAGGAGAAAUAAACUGAGUAAGUUUAUUUUAAACAUAGCAUUCCAGCUGGGAAAAUCUACUUUAAAAAAAACUCAUAUAAAGUGUUAUUAAUUUUUCAAUAUAUAUAUGUAUAUAUAUAUAUGUAUGUAUGUAUGUAUGUAUGUA